CCGUAGUUAUCUGGUAUCAUAGCAACCAAGGUUCGUGUGCGGAUGCGUUUUUUUCCCCCUCUGUCUGCUUCAUCUAUAACUAUUUAAAUAAUAGUAUCGAUUCACUUGCAAUCAACCUAGGAGUGGAUCUACGCACUAAACGUGUAUUUUGUGUUUGGAUUUAGCUAAAGUUGUCACACUUUAGCGCCAGGUAGCAGAGGGAAAUGGACCAAACUUCAGAGCAACGUAUUUACGUUGAAAGAACGCUGGCUAUCAUCAAACCUGACGCUGUUCAGAAAUCAGAGGAGAUCGAAGACGUUAUUCUGAGAUCAGGAUUCAUUAUUCUGCAGAAGAAGAGGCUGCAGCUGAGUCCUGAGCAAUGCAGUGAGUUUUAUGCACACCAGUACGGAACCUUCUUCUUCCCCAGUCUGACGGCCUUCAUGAGCUCUGGCCCCAUUGUUGCCAUGAUACUGGCUCGGGACAACGCUGUUGCUCACUGGAAGUCCAUAAUGGGGCCUGACAACAUCUCCAAAGCCAGACAAACUCAUCCGGAAUGCCUUAGAGCAAAAUAUGGGACUUCUGACCUUCAGAAUGCUCUUCACGGCAGCGACUCAUUUCUCACAGCAGUGAGGGAGAUUCAAUUCAUGUUUCCAAACACUGUAAAUGAGCCCCUUCCAACCAUAGAGGAAACGGAGGAGUAUCUGAGCAGGAACGUGAUUCCAGUUCUCCAGCGAGGACUCACUGAGCUCUGUAAGGAAAAGCCUUCCAAACCCUGUAUUUGGCUUUCUGACUGGCUCCUGAAAAACGAUCCCAACCAACCUCAAAUAUGUGAUGUGGAAGAUCAGAACUGAUGGCCAGAGAGCAAAAUAAGGAGGGAAGGAUUACACAACUUUUUUAUGUCUAUUUGCAUUGAUUUAUUGGUCUGUUCAGUGUUAAACAUGUAAAUAUUUGAUAGCAGUCAAGUAUUUUGGUGGUUUUCUCAAGUAUAUCAGAUAUUUUUGCUUUUUAUUUUAAUAUAUUAUUUGACAUAAUAAAAAGUAGCCAGUGGGUUUAAAGUAAGAUGGAUAUAAUAAUAAAUAACAUACUUUAAAAUGCAAUGGUGUUAUAAAAAUUUCAUUUUUAACCCCUAGUUAGAGCUUCACGAAACACAGCAGUGACUGGCAGCACUAAGAGUCUUUGAAAACGUAAAUGAUGGACAGCAGUCCCCUUAUUUAUUUAUAGGAAAACCAGAUAUUUGCAUCGAGUCAUUAAUUUUGCAGCAAUCCCUCACAUGGAGCAAGCAGGCAGUGACAGAGGAGAGAAAAACAAACAAACAUCUUAACAGGGUAAAACCCCCUGCAGAAACAGGCUCAGUGUGAGUGUCCUUCUACCGAGGCCGACUGGAGCUCAGGUAGACAAGCAGACACACCAAAGGAAGAGAAACACUGAUGCAGAAAUACUUUUUCUCAUAGAGAAGGUAAGAGAAGACUAACACCAUAAGUGUUGCUGUCUAGGA